UUUAAAUCGUAUCGGCUUUUUCAUUAACUUUGUGUUCUCCACCAAUCAUGAGUUUCAUUUGAUCAAUAGAAACAAAAUGGUUAUGCUAGCAAGACAGAACCUGUGUGCUGUACUGACACUGUUUUGUUGUGUUCAUUUUCAUGUCCAAAGUUCCCAUGAAGUUGAAGAUGGAAUCACAGGAUCUCAAUUCCCAGAAAACUUCCUCUUCGGAACAAGCACUUCCUCUUACCAAAUUGAAGGUGCACCUCUUGAAGAUGGUAAGGGCUUGAGCAACUGGGAUAUUUUUAGUCACACACCAGGAAAGGUAACAAAUGAUGAGAAUGGUGACAUAGCAGAUGAUCAUUAUCAUCGCUAUUUGGAAGACAUCAAGUUGAUGUCCUCUCUUGGUGUAAAUGUAUAUCGAUUUUCUAUUUCAUGGGCGAGGAUUUUACCUAGAGGGAUAUAUGGGGACAUAAAUCCAAGUGGGAUAAUGUUCUACAACAAGAUUAUAGACAAUCUGCUGCUUAGAGGGAUUGAGCCAUUGGUGACAAUUCACCAUAAUGAUUUGCCACAAGAACUGGAAGAAAGAUAUGGGGGUUGGCUUAGUCCUCUAAUACAGAGAGAUUUUGUUCAUUUUGCUGAACUUUGUUUUAAGAGCUUUGGAGACAGGGUUAAGUACUGGACCACUAUCAAUGAACCGAACCUAAUUGCAGAUAUGGCCUUUAUGAGGGGAACAUAUCCCCCCGGUCACUGUUCCCCCCCUUUUGGAAAUUGUUGUAAUGGUAACUCUGAUCUUGAGCCUCUUGUUGUCAUGCACAAUAUGUUACUCUCACAUGCCAAGGCUGUUGAAUCAUACCGCAAGAACUUUCAGGCAAAGCAAGGUGGAACUAUUGGCAUUGUUGCCCAUACCUUCAUGUAUGAACCUCUUAGAGAUGAAGAAUGUGAUAGACAAGCUGUGGAUAGGGCCUUGGCUUUUGUCAUAGCAUGGAUGUUAGAUCCCUUGGUUUUUGGUGAGUACCCUGCUGAGAUGCGCUCUAUUCUUGGGAGCCAGAUGCCAAGGUUCUCUCCUAAGGAGAAGAGUCUUGUAAAAGGGAGCUUGGACUUUAUUGGCAUCAAUCACUAUGGUGCUCUCUAUGUCAAGGACUGCUCCCUCUCUGCUUGUCCUCUUGGAGCAGAUCAUCCAAUUCGAGGCUUUGUGGAAACAACCGGAAUGAGAGAUGGCAUUCCAAUUGGUGAUCAGACAGGAAUGCCAAGAUUCUUUGUGGUUCCAAGUGGCAUGGAGAAACUUGUGGACUACAUUAAGAUGAGAUACCAUAACAUGCCCAUGUAUAUCACAGAAAAUGGAUAUUCUUCACCUCCCAACCCGGAUGUGACAAUGCAUGAUUUACUACAAGAUUUUCAACGAAUAGAGUAUCAUAAAGCAUACCUUGCAGCUCUACUUAGAGCCAUAAGGAAAGGUGCAGAUGUAAGAGGAUAUUUUGUGUGGUCAUUGUUGGACAACUUUGAAUGGGCAAGUGGCUAUGGCGUAAGAUUUGGACUUUAUUAUGUGGAUAAACAUACUCUUGAACGAAUUCCAAAACUUUCUGCUCAGUGGUUUUCUAGUUUCCUCAACAACACUACUCACAUGAACUUAGAAGACCGGAGUGACCAAUAUCUUCGAAGCAAAGAUGUGAUAACUACUGGUUUCAAAGUUGUUUGAACAGGCUGAAAUGUAUUCAUGCUAGUCCAAAAUUCCAUGCAAUGAUGCAUGUGAAAAAACAAUUGUGGAGACAAAGUUUUAUAUAUUAUGCCAGUGUUCGUCCACAAAAGAAUAAAAUUGUCAGGACAAUGAUUAUUU